CGCUGUACCGAGUUCGUCUUAUUGUGUUUUGGUAUCCACCGAGACAAAAGAAAAGCAGAACCCACCCAGAAGGAGACACCUCAGUUACUCUUUCUUACUUUCCUAAUCGUAGCCCUCCUUCCUCUCCUUUCUUCACGACCUUUGUUCCUACCUCCUUUACCUCGAAACGACGCGUAUUCCAGCAUCGACAGCUCUUUUGAAUCCAUUACACACUCAAUUGAUCGCUACUAGUCGACAAUCAUGCCAGCUUCACGCACGCGCGACGCUCCGGCCCCUUCCCUGGAAGUGACGACCGAUGCUCCUCAACCGCCAAUGUUGACGAUCAUCUCACCUACGCCACGGGCCUUCACUUUCUCUUCUUCUCACAAUCUCAACGACUGCGAUAGUCCUUAUUCCACUCCUUCAUCGUCACCAUUCGAGCUCGACCUCCGUUCAUUCACUAUUAGUCAAUCGCCCACUUCAUCAUGUACAACAUCACCCCCUCUAAUGCGCACCCUCACACCCGAUUCCGGAUCCCCAGCAUCAGUAUCUCAUAAACGUCGCAAAUCCAGUUCAUCUAUCACCCUCACCUCUUCUCCGAGCGACGUUGAGCGCCGCCCCAAAAAAGGUGAUGAAGACUACAUCAAACGCCCCGAAAACGCCUUCAUUCUCUUCCGUCGGAAAUGCGUUGAAGAACGCGAAGCAGCAGCAGCCGCCGGAAAGAAAGAACGACAAGCCGAUCUUUCCAAGGCGAUCAGCCAACAGUGGAAAGCUUUAACCCCUGAGGAAAGGAAGUACUGGGGGCAGAUGGCGAAAGAGAAGAAGAAAGAGCACGAGAAGAUGUACCCUGAUUAUAUUUAUCGUCCGCAGAGAGUGAAGGGUACGGAUGGGAAGGUGAGGAAUAAGAAGCGGGUGAAGAAGGGUUCCGAGGGUGAAGAUCCUCAGCCUCGGACCGUUUCGUUCGUUAUUCCCCCUCCUGUCAACAACGCGAGGCUUCAUGGCCGUUCGGCGUCCGCACCGACUCCUCCACCCUCUUUCCAGACAAUCCAGCUUCCGAGUUUGUAUGCCUCGAACGCUUCGUGUCCUUCUUCACCAUCACUACUUCCCAUGAUCUCCAGACGCGCAGCGUAUUCCGGCAAUCCGGAAGAUGUAAUGCAGAACUUUGAUUACCGACCUAGCGGUGAACACUUGUUCCCUCCGGCGGAAUAUCAACAACUGCAGAUUCCCUACUCUAACAUCGAUCAAUCGAUGUUCUCGCCGUCUACAACCUGCUCUUCUGGUCCAUCUUCUCCAUCCUCUCCAUCUUCCGGUCCUUUCACACCUGGUUCGUCGUAUACGCACCAUUCCACAUUCUCUCCAUCGUUCACGUUACCCACCAACGUCGACGAGACACCUUAUUGGGAAUGGCCCUCAGACGCAUCAGCGUCUGCUUCGCUCAUGAACGGGGAUUUCGAUAUCAACUCGAUACCACCGAUCCAGCUCGGGAUUCCUAAGGACCAUCAUCAUCUUGACUCCCAACAGAUGGAAAUGGAAUUCUCACCUGUGUACGACUACGACCACUCCCAACACGGGCAUCAUUGGAUGUCAGAGAACGCCGACUUCUCUCAGUUCUCGCUCGACCUCGACCCUUCAAGUCUUUUGCAGGGCUUGAACGCCGACGGUGUCGGUGAGAUGCAGAUGCACCCCCUUCUCCCUUCUCAACCCGAGCCCGAACUCGGUGCGCAUCCCAACCCCACAUCUUGA